UUUAAAAGGUUAAACAUAAAACUUCCUGCUUUUACUUAUGGCCUCAAAUUCAUGGAUUCGUCUUCUCCCUGGCUUUGGUUCCGUCAGCACGCACCGCUCUCAAAAAGGGUUGUAUGGCACCCUAAAAUUAGCGACUGCAUCUCCGUUUAACUGUACAUUCGUCCUAAUGGUGGCCAUUUGCGUCCUUACUUUUGUAGUCUCGCAAUCAACCGGGAAUUUCUCAUGUAUGGGUCGUAUUUUGCCGAUUGCAUGCAUAAUGCAUGCAUGGAUCAUUGCUUACUAUGCCAUAGGCAGUAAUAAACGCGCCAUGCACCGGCCGUACGUUAACGUAGCGACGGUGUAUGCGUCGUUUAUCACGUUCUGGGGCCUGCGCUUGGUUUACAAUGCCUAUCGGCGUGGCGGCUACAUCUAUGGUGGAAAGAACUUUCCAUGGGGCUAUGUGCGCACGGGGUCGUUCCUUCGGAAUCGCGUCAGCCGGAUGCUCUUCAACCUUGUCUUCGUUUGCAUUUUUCAGAGCGCUCUGAUCUGGGCCAUCACCCUGCCCAUGUUGAGCUUCCCGGCGGACGCGUUAAGCCAGAGGGACUGUAUCUUUCUUGGCUUCCUCCUGCUGUUGCUGAUCUUUGAGACGGUGUGCGAUCAGCAGCAGUGGAACUUUCACAAUGCGAAGCGGCGGCCAGGCAACAAAACGGGGGGCGAAAACUCGCCUCCUUCGUACGGGUUUUGCAUGACUGGUGUGUUUGGCUAUAGUCGUCACCUCAACCUCUUUUGCGAGAUAUUUAUUUGGUUUACACUUGCGCUGGCGGCGGCGCAAAACCGGAGGAGGUCGAGGGUGUCGUGGCACUGGUGGCAGGGGGUCGGGUGCGUGAUACAGGCGGUGGUGAUUUCUCUCUCCACACGCCUGACCACGGAGCGACUUUCUCUGAAAAAGUACCCACAAUAUGCUCUUUACCAAAGCACGACACCAAUACUCGUACCUGCCCUAAAGUCUACAACCGCGCAGACGCGUUAUUUGAUUGAAAAAACGUCGCCGCGAGGGACAUUUAAUAUGAAAAAGCAGUAA